GCAGGUUUGUGGAUGUGCGCCGUGUGAACCGGAGCUGACCGUGCGGUGAUUGUGCGGAUCUGUCGGUGCUUCUCUCCGUUGUUACCGGACAGUGUCGGUGAUGCAGGACGCGGCGGAGUGCGGGGUGUGCGGGGUGAAGGUGAUGUGCCGCUUCAGGCCGCUGAACGACGCGGAGCGGAGCCGCGGAGACAAAUACAUCCCCAAAUUUAACGGAGAGGACACGGUGGUGGUGGCGGGGAAGCCGUAUGUGUUUGACAGAGUCCUUCCUCCAAUCACAGAGCAGCUUCAGGUGUACGACACCUGCGCCAAGCAGAUCGUCAAAGAUGUUUUGGGAGGAUAUAAUGGAACCAUCUUUGCAUACGGUCAGACGUCAUCAGGGAAAACUCACACUAUGGAGGGGAAACUCCACGACCCUCGGCUGAUGGGAAUCAUCCCUCGCAUCGCCAGAGACAUCUUUGACCACAUCUACUCCAUGGACGAGAACCUGGAGUUUCACAUCAAGGUGUCUUAUUUUGAGAUCUAUCUGGAUAAAAUCAGAGACUUGCUGGAUGUGUCAAAGACGAACCUGGCCGUCCACGAGGACAAAAACAGGGUUCCCUUUGUGAAGGGCUGUACAGAGCGUUUCGUUUCCAGUCCGGAGGAGGUCAUGGACGUCAUCGACGAGGGAAAAGCAAACCGACACGUCGCUGUGACCAACAUGAACGAGCACAGCUCUCGCAGCCACAGCAUCUUUCUGAUCAACAUUAAGCAGGAGAAUGUGGAGACGGAGACCAAACUGUCAGGGAAACUUUACCUGGUCGACCUGGCAGGCAGCGAGAAGGUGAGUAAGACUGGCGCAGAGGGCGCCGUGUUGGACGAAGCCAAGAACAUCAACAAGUCUCUGUCUGCUCUCGGAAACGUCAUUGCCGCCCUGAGCGAAGGAACGAAAACCCACGUCCCGUACAGGGACAGUAAGAUGACCCGGAUCCUGCAGGACUCUCUGGGAGGAAACUGCCGAACCACCAUCAUCAUCUGCUGCUCGCCGUCUGUUUACAACGAGGCUGAAACCAAAUCAACCCUGAUGUUCGGACAGAGGGCAAAGACCAUUAAGAACACAGUGUCUGUGAACCUGGAGCUGACCGCCGAGGAGUGGAAGAAGAAGUAUGAGAAGGAGAAAGAGAAGAACAGGAGUCUGAACAUCGUGAUCCAGAAACUGGAGAACGAGCUGAAACGCUGGAGGAAAGGUGAGUCUGUACCUGUGGAUGAGCAGCUGAGCAGCAGAGCCAAGAAGAGCAGCAGUGACACCACCGCAGUGAUUGAGAGCUUGGCCCCGCCCCCCGUCCCUCUGUCAGACGAGGAGAAGACACAAUACGAGACGCUCAUCACCGACCUGUACCAUCAGCUGGACGACAAGGACGAGGAGAUCAACCAUCACAGUCAGACAGCAGAGGCGCUGCAGCAGCAGCUCACUGAUCAGGACGAGCUGCUGGCGGGGAGCCGUCAGGACUACCAGCGUCUGCAGGAGGAGGUGUCGCGGCUGCAUAGAGACAACGACUUGGCCAAAGAGGAGGUGAAGGAGGUGCUGCAGGCGCUGGAGGAGCUCGCCGUCAACUACGACCACAAGAGCCAGGAGGUGGAGAACAAGAGCCGCUGCAACGAGCAGCUGAACGAGGAGCUCGCACACAAAACUGUGAGUCUGGAGGCGGUGCAGAGGGAACUGUCCCACCUGCAGGAGCUCAGCUCUCAUCACAAGAAGAGGUCAGCAGAGAUCCUCAGUCUGCUGCUCAGAGACCUCAGCGACAUCGGCAGCGUCCUCGGUACCACCGAGCUCAGAGCCAUGACGGAGGCGAGCGGCGUGAUGGAGGACGAGUUCACCACGGCUCGUCUCUACAUCACCAAGAUGAAGUCAGAGGUGAAAUCUCUGGUGAACCGCAGCAAACAGCUGGAGGUCAGUCUGACGGAGAACACCUGCAAGAUGGAGGCCAACGAGAAGGAGCUGAUCUCCUGUCAGCUGUCCAUCUCACAGCACCAGGUGAAGAUCGGCUCUCUGACAGACGACCUGCAGAAGAUGGAGCAGAAGAAGAGACAGCUGGAGGAGAGUCAGGACAGUCUGAUGGAGGAGGUCGCUAAACUCCACGCCCAAGGUCAGAUGCAAGAGCUGACGGUGAUGGACAAAGAGAAAGAACACAUGAGCAGACUGAAGGACGCUGUGGAGAUGAAGAGAACUCUGGAGGAACAGAUGGAGAACCACAGAGAGGUUCAUCACAAACAGCUUUCCCGCCUCCGAGACGAGAUCGAGCAGAAGCAGCGAAUCAACGACCAGCUGAGAGAUCUGAAUGAAGCUCUGCAGCUGGAGCUCCGGAAGCUUCAGGCCGACUUCGACAAAGUGAGAACUGACGAACAAAACAAGGACCAGAAGCUCCAGAAGCUGCUGUUCCUGAACGAGAAGAGAGAACAAGCCAAAGACGACCUGAAGGGUCUGGAGGAGACUGUGGCCAAAGAGCUUCAGACUCUCAACAAUCUGCGGAAACUCUUCAUCGAGGACAUCAGCACUCGAGUCCAGAACGGUGCAGACAACGACAACGACGAGGCCGGCGGCAGUCUGGCUCAGAGGCAGAGAAUCGUCUACUUAGAGAACAACCUGGAGCAGCUCAGCAAGGUGCACAAGCAGCUGGUUCGGGACAACGCAGACCUUCGCUGUGAGCUGCCCAAGCUGGAGAAGCGCCUGAGAGCCACAGCCGAGCGAGUGAAAGCUCUGGAAGCUGCUCUGAGGGACGCCAAGGUGGCGGCCAUGAGAGACCGCAAACGCUACCAACAGGAAGUGGACCGCAUCAAAGAGGCGGUCCGCUCCAAGAACGUCUCCAGGAGAGUAAACUCUGCACAGAUAGCUAAGCCAAUCAGAGCUGGACAUCAGCACCAGCUGCCGUCCUCCUCCUCGUCCACCAGAGCCCCAAUCAGAGGAGGGGCGGCGGCCUCCAGUCCACGUCAUCACUCCCCCCGACAGCAAGCCGCUCAGCAACCACCACGAGCCCAGCACAGCAAGUAGCUGCAGGCAGCAGACUCUGGAUCAGUUUGUUUUUCUGAACUCACCACUCGGCCUUUACUGGAACCAGUUUCCUCAUUUCCACAACAUUCCACCUUAAAGCCACCAAGUGCUUUCCUUCCUCCUCUGAGUCCUCAGAUCUUUUAUUCUGAAGCAGCUUCCUUUAUUUAACCAGAUGACGACGUCUCAGUCGAGUUUCAUGAGUCUCACCUGAAAAUGUUUCAGCUUCUGUUUCAACACAUUAAUCCACAAAAAUCAUUUUACAGGAACGUGAAGAACGAUGGAAGUAAAAGUUCUGCUGGUUGUUCGCAAUCAUGAGAUCCUCAAUCAGUUUCAUAACAAACAUUUUAACAAUUUAAAUUUUUAAGUUUGACUCUUUAAGUUUUAAUGUUUCGUCUCAUAAGUUUUACUGAAGUCACGUUGAUGUUUCUUUCAGACGUGUUGGAACACAUGAUGAUAACUAAUAUGUCAACAAUUAGAAAUUAUGAAACAAAUCAUGUUACAAUUUAAAAGUUUCACAUUUCACAAAUUUUGAGCUAAAAAGUUGAAAUGUUUUCAGAAUGAAGUUAUAAUUUUUAGGUAUUAUGAGAUAAAAUCAGGAGAAGGUCCUCAGUGUUUGGUUUGUCCACAACCAAAUCCUUCACACUGCACCUUUAACAAGAAUAAAUUAAAUACAAAAAAAUGUAAAUAAAAUUAAAUUAAGAUGUGAUGAGAAAACAUUUUAUUCUCAAAAUAUAGACAACAAAUCCUUUCAUUAAAAUGACCUUUUUGUUCUUUAGAUUUUACAGCUUUUUCUUUGAAAACUACAACUUUAACUAAAAAUUUUAAUUUUUUUUAAAAAGAAAAUUACAACUUUAUGUGGAAAUAUUUCUACUCUUGUUCAGUUAAUAUGGACACAUUUCUAUUUUUAUUUAUUUUAUGUUUUUAAGUGAAUGUUUCAUCACACUGAUGUUGAUUUUUUUUUUUUUUACAUAAUUCAAAUGUGAGUUUAUUUAUUACAGUUUUUAUAAAUGUAAUUUCUUGAAUGUUUCUUUACUGUGUUAUAGUUGGGUCAGUAUUGAUCAGUGUUUGUAUGUUUGUAAAACAGUUUGUAAUUGAUCUGAAAGCAUCAACAUGUGCAGUGAGCAGCGUUGCCAGAUGGGAAAAUGUUAAAGUAUCGUACCAGAGGCUUAAAAGCAUCGCAGUUUGUGGAAAAUGAUGGUACACGAGUCCUAACCAGAGAACAAACUGGUGUAAAUGUGUAAUUUCAGAAAACACUCAGCGAUGCUCGUGAGUCACGUUCAUCAUCACAACAAGCAACAAGCAUGAUUGGCUGGAAAUACGUGACGUGAGAAGAGCUGCGUAAACACAGACGUAGGAUCCGUAUUUACUACCCUGAUCCUGUCGGGAAGUGAAAUAAAAUGAGACUGAUUAUAACUUCUAA